ACUACCAUCCAAAUGUUGAAAGAUGGAUGGAAAAAGUUGAAGAAGCUGAAGCCAAACUCAGGUUCUCAAUUAAAACAUGUAUAAUUGCAGUUAGUUUGAUGGUUGGUUUUUUGUGGUACGAGUACAUUUACAAACUAGAUAAAGUUAGUUACAAUAAGUAUCAUCCCUAUACGUCAUGGAUCCCAAUCACUGUUUAUAUUUGCUUGCGAAAUGCAACCCAGCAGUUGCGAAAUUAUUCCUUGACUCUUUUUGCGUGGCUUGGCAAGAUCACGCUUGAGACAUAUAUCUCUCAGAUCCAUAUUUGGCUUCGGUGAGAAUGGAGUUUGACAUUUAUAAAAUGUUUUUUUUUUCUUUUUAUCUAAUUCUAAUCAAAUAGCUUCUUUAAC